AUGAAUGUGAGCGAGCAGCGUUAUAUACCAAAGAAAAAAGUGAGGGAACUUUACUCGAAACAAGAGUUGGUUGGCAGAGGUGCCUACGGGGCUGUUUAUAAAGGGAUUAACAAUGAGACAAAUCAAGUAGUAGCGAUUAAAGUAUUGAACUUGGAUGCAGGGGAGGACGAUGUGGGUGACAUUGUUAAAGAAAUUAACUUACUUUCACAGCUUAAACAUUGUGAUUCACAAAAUAUAACGAGGUAUUAUGGUAGUUUUCUUCAUGGCACUAAAUUAUGGAUCAUCAUGGAAUAUGCCGCCGGUGGCAGUAUUAGGACUUUGUUGAAAGCCGGGAAAAUAGAAGAAAAGCAUAUAUCUAUAAUUACCAAAGAGGUCUUACAGGCGUUGAGUUAUCUACACAAAUGCAAAAUUAUUCAUCGAGAUAUUAAAGCGGCAAACAUUCUGUUGACCGCUGAAGGGAAGGUACAACUUUGUGAUUUCGGUGUUGCGGGACAGCUGACUGCCUCUUCAGCAAAACGUACAUCAUUUGUCGGAACUCCGUAUCCUUUGCAUUAUUGGAUGGCUCCGGAAGUAAUCACCGAAGGUGCGGCAUAUGACACAAAGGCCGAUAUAUGGUCAUUAGGAAUUACCGUCUAUGAAAUAGCCACGGGGAAUCCUCCGUAUCACCACCUAAGUGCAAUGAAAGCAAUUCAACUUAUACCAAAAAAUAGGCCUGCGACUUUAGAGGGGCCUUUCUCACCAGCUAUAAAAGAAUUCGUGGCCGUUUGUCUCAACGAGAUUCCUGCGGAGAGACUGACGGCCGAUGAAUUGAUGAAAACAAAAUUUAUAAAGAGUGCGUCAAAACAUCAAAAUGGUAUUUUACGUGAUCUCAUCGUAAGAUUCGAACAAUGGAAGCAGACAACCGAUUAUCGUCAAUCUCUUUCGGACCCGUACGGAACCCCGUCAAGUGAGAGUGAUUCAUAUGAAUUUGAGGAAGGACACAAAGAUGAAGAUGAUAACGAUGCUUGGGUUUUCGAUACCCUGCAAAAACACCGUAAAUCACGUUCCCUGGGGUCACUGCGUUCCGAUCAAUUGUCGCCAGUCAUGGAGGGUGACGAGCAAGCGGGAUUAAUAAUAGAUGGUAAGCAGAACCCCCCAAAUAACGAAAGCGAGGACGCUGAUCGAACGGUAUUAGCACGAGAUUCAACUGUCCGAUACGGAAGGAUUAUAUCUGAGGGUCUCCUUUCGCCAGCUACGCCGCUGUUUCAACGAAAAUAUUCAGAGUCUCAACAACACCCUUUGUUACAACUCUUUCGAAAUGACGAGAGGUUUCAAGAUAAUGUCAUCUCAAGAGAACCUGUUCCAACCAGUAACCCUACUAUUACAAUACCACCGGUGAAUAUAAUUAAUUUGAUGCCUACCAUGGAGGAUUCACCUUCGAGAACAGUGACUAGAGAGAAUCUUCAGGAUCAAUAUCUAAUUCCGAAACCUAAAGAAAAUGAUUCGGAAGGCGGUUCAUGUGAUGCCAAGCAUAAAUCUCCUUUGUCAUUAUCAACUGAUAUUUCCGCAGAUCCACCGACGACAAAAGAUCACGCAGCCUCGGCACCGGUGAUCCCCAAAGUUACUCUUCCAACAAACUCCCAGGCAGAUUCAAACGAUCUGUCAACCUCUUUAAGUCAAAAGCCAAGUUCAAAAAAAGAUGAUGGAUACUUCUCGAGUGCUCAUUCCAAUGGCCACGUGGAAUCUAGCCCUGAUAAGCCGUCUAUAAAUCAAGGAUUGUUGACUCCACCGUUGCCACUUGUGAACGCGAAACUGAAUAACAAUGAUCACGCGAGUAUUAAUCAACAAUAUUCUUUCCCUUCCGGAAGGAUGAACUUUAGCAGGCACAAUCCACCGGCGAGGCACGGAAGUUAUGAUCUUCCCCUUGAUUCACCACAAGGUCUCCCUCUUUAUAGAUCGAGUAGUCAAGGAAAGGCUUAUCCGUCACAGUCCGCACGACGCGUGAGAUCUGCCACAACAUUGAACGUAACAAACCGGUCUCCCGAGGAUUCAUUGGUGGCAAAACAGAGGCAACUCCAAUCACAGCAAGAUGGGAAGCUCAAUGAGCCUGAACAUGUGACCAAGUUCGGUGGAAACCUAGGUGUAGCCUUUACCAGACAACGUGCUACCAGUGUCGGUAAUAUUCAGAGAUCUCCUAAAUCAAAACUCAUGCAAGACGAUAACAGCGACAGUCACUCUACGCGUUUAUUACCGCCGUCUCCAUCCGCAUCAAAAUUUGCACUUAAUUCCAAUCCCCAAGUGCAAAAUUCUCCAACAAGACAAUUGUUUCUGAGUCAAUCAUCAACAAUACUUAAUGCAGGGCCAGAACUAAGAUCAUUAAAAAUGGAUAAUUACAGAGGUUCCAGUGAAAUUUUUGAAGAUCUAUCGAGGACUACUGAUGAUCUCAUUCAGUGGUUGACCCUGUUAGAUGCCG